AGUUUCAAUCGCGUUAUUACUUUGAUCACAUCUACCAUUUCAAGAAGAGACAAGACUUGCGCUCGCGAGGCUCGAAAUUUCCGAAAAUGGCCUUGUUAACGCAUCACUGGGGCCUCGAUGGCCUGAUACUUCUGUCCUCAUUACUCGUCGGUAUUUACUUGUAUUUCACGAGAAAUUUCAAAUACUGGCAAAAACGAGGAAUAAAACAGGUACCACCAACGGCCUUGUUCGGUAAUAUCGGUGCUCCCCUUCUGGGUCAGAAACCGUUUAUCAAGCUCCUGAGUGAUAUGUACAAGGCCGGAGAAGACGAGCCUUACAUCGGUUACUACGUACUGGACAAGCCUUUUCUGCUACUCCGCGAUCCUGAACUGAUUAAGUACGUCCUGAUCAAGGAUUUCAACAACUUCCCCAAUAGAGUAGCCGCAUCGAGGAAAACAGAUGUCGUCGGAUCGAUGAAUCUUUUCGUGGUAAACAAUCCGGAGUGGAAGUACAUCAGGCAGAAACUGUCGCCGAUAUUUACAUCUGGGAGGCUCAAGAAAAUGUUCGACUUGAUACUGGAAGUCGACAAGGAUUUGGACGUCCAUAUGAAUUCGCUGAAGUUGGAGGGAAGCGGCAGGGACAUUGAAGUCAAAGACAUCUGCUCCAAAUUCACGACAGACAUCAUUGGGUUGACUGCUUAUGGAAUGAAGUUCAAUUCCUUGACAGAUCCCGAUGCCAUGAUACGCAAGGUAGGGAAAGACAUAUUCGGCAGAAGUUAUCGAAGAUAUCUCGAAUUCUUCGCCGUACUACAAGUUCCAACUCUAGUCAAUGUCUUCGGUUUCGAAGUUUUCGGAAAAGCCGCGACAAAGUUUCUCAGGUAUAUUUUUUGGAACGCUAUUAACGAAAGAAUACAGAGUGGCGCCAAACGAGCGGACUUGAUCGAUUUAUUAGUUGGAUUGAAAAAGGAACAGGAGUCUGAUUCGAACCAGAAUUCGUUUAAAUUAGAAGGCGACACUUUGGUAGCCCAAGCUGCAGUAUUCUUCACUGGUGGAUUUGAAACUUCUUCGUCGACCAUGUCGUUUGGCUUAUACGAGUUAGCUAAAAACCCUACUAUACAAGAUAAGUUGCGAAAGGAAAUCCGAGACACUUUGGACGCGAAUAACAAAAAAGUAACUUACGACAUGAUAAUGUCCUCACUGCCGUACUUGGAUAUGGUAAUCAGUGAAGUUUUGAGAAUGUAUCCAAUUCUGCCGUACUUGGAUAGAAACACUGAAGCCGACUACCAACUCCCUGGAACAAAGCUAGUGUUGAAGGCUGGAACUCCGGUGGUUAUUCCAAUGCAGGCUAUGCAUAUGGAUUCCCGUUAUUUCCCCAAACCUGAAAUUUUUGAUCCAGAGCGAUUCUCUCCGGAAAAUAAAAAAAAUAUCUUACCCAAUACCUAUUUCCCGUUUGGUGACGGACCGCGCAUUUGCAUUGGAAUGAGGCUUGGACUUAUGCAGACAAAACUUGGACUCAUACACUUGAUAUCCAAGUACGAAUUUUCGCCCUGCAAGGAUACUUUGAUUCCCAUGGAGUUCGACAAAUACUCGGUCUUUACGACUUCGCGCAAUGACAUAAUACUUAAUGUGAGAAAAUUAAGAGAUUGAGCGCGAAAUUGGUAAAUAGUAGCUAUGUAAAAUGUAUGCACGUAAAAAAAUUAUUGAAAUUACAUGUUUAGAAAUUGUAAAAA